CACCCACGGCUUGUGCACACACACGCACUCUCGCCCUCUUCCUUUCUCUCCGAUGCACACGUUUCGUGCAAGCUACAAAGCAGCUGACCUUACAACAAAGCUGCACACUCCACAGAGGAGAGUGGGGUGAAAGGAGAGGAGAGGUGACAGCUCUUAGUCAGUUAGCAGAGUGUGACUAACUCUCCUGAAAAAAGUCUGCAUGACAGGAACAGCGGGCGGGACAAUAGGGACAAAACAAUAACCACAACACAAAGAGGAAAAACGCUUCCAACAACCAAGACACUCGAGGAUUGCUGCCGAUACCUGGGCACCUUUGAUCGUGUUUGACACUAAGGGACAUAGUCGAAAGCAACUGAAGGAAUGAAGUUUACAUUGAAUGACCCAUGGGGACGAGGAGCUGGCGGCUGUACCUUGUGAAAAGCUCAUCUUUGCCCACUUUCUGCAUAUCUCAAAAAAUAUCAGCGGUGCAGUUUUCAUCUUCUUCCAGGACUGUCUGCUGUGACUGCCAUGCCCCUCUUCAGCUGGAUGAAAUGGUCCCAUGAAACAAGAGUGCAGGCUCAGGAUGAAGCGCCACCUCUCAAGUCCUCGGGGGUCGUACCCAGUCGCAUGUUAAUCAGAGAACUGCUGUGGCAUGUCGAGGAACGUGAGCGGCUGGCGAGGGAGCUAGAACAGGAGCACAGGCUGACCCACAGCCCCCCGGGUCUCCACUGGUUUCAGAAGUACCCCAGGUUACGGACCCUCAUCCCAACAUCAGAGCUACACCAGCUGGAGUUUCUGUGUGCCCAGAUCCCACCCAUCCACGCAGCCACGGUGCUCUCCAGGUUUCGUGAGGUGCUUGCCACAAACAACAUAAGGCCCUGGGAGCUGGCGUCUGUCUUCAAGCAGGUGCUGAGAGACUUCUUGAGCCAAAAGGAGUAUGAGGAAGACGACUACCUCUCAGUGCAGCCAGCACAGAUCCGACCAAUGGAGGCUUGGACCAGCCGCUACAUAAUGAAGCAAGGCUUUGUCACACCCACUGUCCCCAACUGCGGAGACCACCCAAGGGAGGAGAUCCCAACAAUCUCUGGAUAUGUGGAUCGGGCCAUGGGGCACUCCAAUUUGUUCGCUGGGUCCACUAGGGACUGGGACCUUCCAUAUUACUAUCCAGUUCCUCUCAGGCCUACAGGGACAUACAGCACUACACUUUGAGAAGACAUACUGCUGCGGAUAAACAGUUAUAAACAGUCUCCACUUCAUGGAGACAAGACGCAAAAACCUGACUAGUUGUAUUAGUUGUAAAUAUAUAGUAGCUUGUAACCAAAAAUGUGAAGAUGACAUUAGGAUAGUUGGACAAUGUACUGAACUGUUUCAUUACAAUAACUAGUUUGUCACCUGCUCUUUUUAAACUCUAUUUAAUAGACUGAUUUUCUGUAGUCCUGAUUAAAAACCUCAGUUACAGCUGAAAUACAUAGGGCACGGACGCGGUGUGUCACGUAGGAAGAGUGGACCACAGUUUCUUACCUGCUACACAGACUCCGUCUCUGCAGUGUGUGGUUGCUGCCAGCUUUACUCUGUAUGUAUUGAGUUUUGCCAAGCAAUAAUGCAGUUGGUUAUGGAGGGUUUGGAAGUGUAUAGACUAUAUUAACUGGUACUGAAUUAAUUAACUGGAUCAUCAUUUUAACAACAGGAUGCAUUGAUUUGACUGACGUAUUUUAAUGUGAAAUGUAAAAACACACAAGGCUGCUCAGCUGCUUCGCACUGCCUCUGCUACAAUGAGGUAUUCAUUUUUGCCAUUUUUAAAACAGACUUAUGCUCUUUUUCUUUUACACAGUUCUGUGUAGCUUUUACCUGUCGGAGGGCUGCAGAGCCACAUCUAGACAGAAAAACAUUCCAGCUGCACAAAAAUGGAGUUGAGCAGUGCAAUACCCGCACAGGCAAGCGCAGCUUCUGUAUUCAGUUUAGCAGCAUCAGUUAAUUGUGAUGGUUGUGGUCUGCUGCAGGAAUGAUGCAGCUAACAUGUCGCACCACGCAUUAGACUUUGUACAGUUGGGCAUGUAUUUCAAAUGUAUAUUGUCAGGUGGCAGAAGUGAUGCCAUAAGGGCACAGGGUGUGAAGACAUGCAUGACCUAGACAAAUGGGUCACAGUCUUUGAGGCUUGUUGUGAGUAUUUGAAGCAACAUCUACUUGCGGCUGCUUGGCACAGGCUGAAAAUGUCUAUAACUUUCGAACUGUUAAACCAAAGAGUGAUGCUCCCCUCUCCAAUUGUGUCAUGGUGGGUUUAGAGCCCUAAAGAGCUAAAACUGUCAAAUAUUUCACAAUAAAAAACAAAGCUCAUGGAAAACUCUGGGGGAAAAGACACAAUUGUGUAAAUGUUUUUGUGUCCUAACUUGUUAAUCAUCCUGUGACACCUGGGUUUAACACUGAGAUCAUAUCUUAAGUAUUUCAUUUUCUUGGAAUUUGGGAAUUUUCGGUAUCUGAGGAAACUGUACAUUUUAAAGCUGCAAAAAAACCUAAGUAGGGGGUGUGAACUGACCUUGGAGUUUUUACACUGAACUUGAAUUUGAGUACUUUCUCAAUUCCUUGCAGUGUAGAGAGGCAAGGAUACAGCCAUGAAACAGUUCAUUGUGUGCUCAUAUUGGUGACAAUCACUGAAAAGGUAGCUUUGGUCAUGCUGACAAUUUUUCACAACUAAGUGUGUUUUUAAGCAUUACUGUAAUGUCCUUAGCAGACGCAUUAUUUUGGAAACGUCAAGUCUCGUGGUUAAUACAGUGAGAACUGAGGUUUAAGAAAAUCGUUGAUGGUUAAAAGACAUCCACAAUAAGUUCUAAGUUAAAUCUUUGUUCACCAACUACCAUUACGUUUAGUAUGGUAUGGUAUACUUUGACUGAGGAAUUUGAAUGCGAUUUCUUAAUUAGGCUCCAAAAUGAUGGCAGGCUCUUAUUUGCAAGCUGCACAGGAUGAAAAGUCUCAUUGUUGCAAAGUGAAAUGAGGCCUUCACUCAAAAAAAAAAAACUUCACCUGUGACCGUAGUCGUUUUUUAAAGGUCUUCUCAAUGGAAAAAUCGUCCCUCGG